AUGAAGGGUCAUAAGAUACAUCGCUUGCGGCUGGUAGUAGCCCGAGUGGCAUCCCUAUUGGUAACGGAAUGGAAAUUGCUCUUACGGAUAGUAGCAGCAUCAUGCCGUUCUAUGUCGGAGCUGAGAGUUCUCAUCGAACGUAUAGAUCGUGCUCUAACUGAAGUCCUAGCCGACCGCGAUGUGAUGGGAUUGGCUGUUGCCAGCUCACAGAGGACUAACCAGAAUAGUCCUACUGCUGCUGCUACUGCUGCUGGAACCCCUAAAGGUGGCCACAAUGGACAGAAUGGGAGGAAGCUCAAGCCGGCAGCUACUCUGGCAUUGCAUGAAUUCAAAAGAAGCAAACGUUGUGUGACGUUUGCUGGUACGAAGAUUGCCGGUGGUGGUGUAUCUGCUCCUGAAGAAUCGCGUGCUGAGUCUAGCGCCGAGGACAUCUCGGAAGAAGAGGGAUGUAGUCCACAGGCUAGAGUAGAGGCAGCGGCACGUCGGUAUAAUCGGGGAGAGACCCUGCCUGUUAUGAAUCAUGAUCCCUCCGAGACCCUCCAUAAAGCGCUUGAGUCGGCUACCCACAGAGUAGGGUCAUCUUCCAGUAGCAGCAGUAGACAGAAGUCAUACGAUGUCCAUGGUUCCAGCUCUGCUGCUGCUACUGCGCAAGACGUUGAUACCGUUCCGCCUUUAAAGCGUCGAUUGUUUGAAAGCCUACGUAUCCUUUGUAUUGAUAUUGGUGGGACUCGGACCAAGUUCAUGUAUCAGCAUGGUAAUAAAAGAGUGCUCCUACCUGCGGCUGAGAGUGCUGCUCUUUGGGACAAGCCCAAUAGACUUGAAAGUUUAAGGAAGAGAUUGGCCUCUCAUUUGCUUGGUUCAACACACGAUGAGGAUGUGGACUCAACUGAUGGUCCUGAGGAGGAGGAGAAGCAGGAACCAGGCAUGCCACCUAGUCCAUAUGUAUGGCAGAAACAGUUGCCAGUGGCCAUGCAUCAAGUCGAUAGAGUCGUAUUCUCGGUUCCUGGUACAGUCGAAUUAACAACGGAUCUAGAUAAGGAGGAUAUGUGUACUGUUAAAAACAUGCCCAGUCUAUCGCCUCUCUUCAGGGGGUUUAACUUCAAGAGUGCAUUUUCGGUCCUAUUCCCCUGUGCUAAGAUCUAUGCUGUUGCGGAUAACCUAGCAGCAGCCAUGGGGGUAGCCUGCAUGCCAUCCUGUAGGAACCUUAGUGCAGGGCUAGUAGUGGUACUUGGUACAGCUCCGGCUGCUGCUACCUUCUAUCGUCCCCAUCCCAUGGUGUACAUCAUAGGCAUGCCCUGA